AGUCUGACAUUGACUCUCUGUGGGGAGAUACAAGCAGGCUGCCAAGAGGCAGGGUUGUGAUUGUUGCUUUCUGACUUUGUUCUUCUUAUCAGGCACUUGUUUGCGCUUAGGUUUGAUAUCUCUACUAGACUCCUAGUAAUCUUCAAUCAUGUUGAGAAUUUAACCUGAGAUUUUCUUUGCUCCAACUUUGCCACGUCACCUUUGAGCACGAGCAGCGCGGCGACCAACAAGACGAUGUUGGACCGCUACAUGAGGCUCCCGACACCCGAGAACAAAUGUCAGGUCAUGUACGUCUGGAUUGACGGCACCGGAGAAGGUCUGCGUUCUAAGACCCGGACCAUCGACUUCAUUCCGAAGAAUCCAGCUGAACUGCCGAUCUGGAACUUCGAUGGCUCAUCAACCGGGCAGGCAGAAGGCAGCAACAGCGACGUGUACUUGUAUCCCGUCACCAUGUAUCCCGACCCCUUCCGUCUGGGUAACAAUAAGAUCGUCAUGUGCGAAACCUACAAACAUAACAAAUUACCUACUGACACGAACCGGCGCAAAAGUUGUUUAGAAGUGAUGACGCAGGCGAAGAAUUUCCACCCAUGGUUCGGAAUGGAACAAGAAUAUACUCUAUUGGACAUAGACAACCACCCUUUCGGCUGGCCUAAGAAUGGUUACCCUGGUCCACAAGGUCCCUACUACUGCGGGGUAGGCGCUAACAAAGUCUUUGGACGAGACGUUGUCGAGUGUCACUACCGCACUUGCUUGUAUUCUGGUAUUAAAAUAUCUGGAUCUAACGCAGAGGUUAUGCCUGCUCAGUGGGAGUUCCAAGUUGGACCUUGUGAAGGGAUAGAGAUGGGCGAUGAUCUGUGGAUGGCUCGUUACUUCUUGCAUCGCGUGGCUGAAGACUUUAAUGUGGUGGCCAGCUUGGAUCCUAAGCCCAUCACAGGAGACUGGAACGGUGCUGGAAUGCACUGUAACUAUUCCACCGAAAAGAUGCGUCAACCAGGUGGCAUGAAAUACAUUGAAGAUGCCAUUGAAAAAUUAUCAGGAGCUCAUGUGGCCCACAUCAGAGCCUACGACCCUCACGAUGGUAAAGACAACGCUCGCCGGCUCACUGGAAGCCACGAAACUUCUUCCAUUCACGACUUCUCAGCAGGGGUCGCCAACAGAGGUGCAUCCAUCAGAAUUCCUCGGAACUGCUCAGAGGAUGGUUUUGGUUACCUAGAGGACAGAAGGCCGUCAUCAAAUGCUGAUCCUUACAUGGUGUCCGAGAUCAUCGUAAGAACGACUUGCCUCUGAGUUACAAUAUUUUCAAUGCGCUUAUGCGAGAAGCGAUUCAUGGCGCCCUUUAUCACAUUCCCUUUAUGUAUUAGAUUGCGCUUCCGAAAACAUUAUAAUUGUUGAAUAUCAAGGCGUGGCUUCAGAUUAGACUACCUCAGGUACUCCGGUAAGUCCGGUUUAUAAAACUAACUCCUGAUCUUAUGUCGAAGCUUUUAGAGCACCCAGACUGCAGCUUAGUUUUCCUUCCUCAUGUACAUAGUUUUAAUUAGGAAUAGUGGUUUCAACUAACUUUAAUCUUAAAACGUUUGUAUAUCAUGCAAUGUAAGACAGAGUUAUCAGAAUUUCUAGUUAGGAAUUUUUAAGGAAUUUCUAUAAACUCAUAAUCCACCCCAAUGCAAGUUCCUAGACGGUUGACGAUAUGGUGCAAAGAGUGUCGCUCAACACACCCAAAGUAACAAUUAAACACAUCUCAGUCAAAUUUUUUUGUGCAAAUCCAUUCAAUGAAAUACUUUUUGUGAACCGCUCAUCCAACAGCAAAUUUCAUGAUAUAUAUCAAAGAGAGAUUAUUCUAGAUCGCCAACUGCAUUUCAAGUUAGGAUUUCUCGCUGCAUGAAUUCUUCAAGUACUUUUAAUAAAGCACCAGCUUAUAGAUAUCCAAUGCACCUGUCUUCAGAAAUUUAGUAUCAUUCCAUACAUUUAUCGAUAUUGACCUCUCUGUUUUAACCGUGGUUUACAAUACAUAAGAAUCUAGAUCCAUUUCAAUUAUUACACGCAGAGUUGACAGUAACUCUAUCCCUAGUUCAUGGUUUCAAUCUUCAUUUUAAACCGCGCACUGAAUCAGGAUGCGGUUAUAACGGCAGAUUAUUAUCUAUUUUAAUCUAUAGCCCAUAAGUAGUUGAUAGUUACUUUAGGCUUAUGUAAGUUACCCAUCGGCUGCUUCCAAGAACGCUCACGUGAUGAGAAACAAAUUAGCACGGCAGGCUAACCUUGCCGUACGUAGGGUUAGCCUUCGGUUAACCUGCGGAUCGAUGGCACAGGUCUUGAGGUGUUCCUCGAGAUAAAACUUAUCUCGCGUAAAGAUUCUAUUCAAAUACAUUGUUGCAAGAACCAGGCGU